AUGAAGUACACCGGCAUCGCUGCUAUGGGCAUGAUGGGUUGCGCCCUCGCCCUGCCCCAGGGGCCCCCUCCUUUCUCUUGGGUCCCCAGUGAUGUGUCCACCCCAUCCAGCGGCGUCCCCAGCGGCACUCCCACCGCCACUCCCACCGGAGUCCCCUUCGACAAGCGCCAGUUCCCCAACGGCCCUCCUAGCGGCUUCCCCAGCGGUAUGCCCAGCGGUAUCCCCAGCGGUAUUUCCAGUGGCUUCCCCAGUGGCUUCCCCAGCGACUUCCCCGCGCCCACUGGUCUUCCUUUCGAGAAGCGCGAGUUUCCCCACGGACCCGGCCACCAGGGCCCUCCCUUCGAUGGUCCUCCUCACAACGGACUUGCUCCCAACAGCGUCCCGACUCCCACCGUCACUCCUUCCUCGGGAUUCCCCACCCCUACCGGAUUCCCCACCGGCUUCCCCAGCGGAUUCCCCAGCGGAUUCCCCAGCGGAUUUGAGAAGCGUCAGUUCCCCACGGACCUCCCCUUCUCCAUCCCCAGCGGAAUUCUGAGUGCCUUCCCCUCCGGCUUCCCCACCGACCUGCCAUUCUCUAUUCCCUUCGGGAAGCUCCAGGAGUUCUCCACUGGACCUUCUCCCACUCCCUUCCCUCAGUAA